AACAAAUACGACGCAGGAGAACACGGUCUACAGGAAGCGGAGAAGGGUGUGAAGUUCCUGACUUUCCCUCCCAUACUGCACCUGCAGCUGAUGAGGUUCAUGUACGACCCUCAGACCGACCAAAACAUCAAGAUCAACGACCGGUUUGAGUUUCCGGAGCAGCUUCCCCUGGAUGAGUUUCUCCAGAAGACUGACUCUAAGGACCCGGCCAACUACAUCCUGCAUGCCGUGCUGGUCCACAGUGGAGACAACCACGGAGGACACUAUGUCGUCUACCUCAACCCCAAAGGAGACGGGAAAGUCAGCGUCAAGGAGCCCAUCUGGUGUAAGUUUGAUGAUGACGUGGUGUCACGGUGCACCAAGGAGGAAGCCAUUGAACACAACUACGGUGGCCAUGACGAUGACCUGUCAGUACGUCACUGCACCAACGCUUACAUGCUGGUGUACAUCCGCGAGUCCAAACUCAGUGAGGUGCUGCUAGCUGUAAACGACGUGGACAUCCCCCAGCAGCUGGUGGAGAGGCUUCAGGAGGAGAAGAGGGUUGAGGCUCAGAAGAGGAAGGAGCGGCAGGAGGCCCAUCUCUACAUGCAGGUCCAGAUUGUGACAGAGGACCAGUUCUGUGGUCACCAGGGUAAUGACAUGUAUGAUGAGGAGAAGGUGAAGUACACUGUGUUCAAGGUCCUGAAGAGCUCCACGCUGCAGGAGUUUGUCCAGAAUCUCUCCCAGACCAUGGGAUUCCCACAGGACCAGAUGAGGCUGUGGCCCAUGCAGGCCCGGAGCAACGGCACCAAGAGACCUGCCAUGCUGGACUACGAGGCAGACUGCAGCAAGUCUAUGAUAGACUUGAGCGACAACGAGAAUCCCUGGACUAUAUUUUUGGAGACGGUGGAUCCUGAGAUGGCUGCCAGCGGAGCAACGUUACCCAAGUUCGACAAAGACCACGACGUCAUGCUGUUCUUGAAGAUGUAUGAUCCAAAAAGCAGAAGCUUAAAUUAUUGUGGACAUGUCUACACAGCUAUAUCCUGUAAAAUACGAGACCUGCUGCCCGUCAUGUGUGAGAGAGCAGGCUUUCAACAGGAGACCAGCCUUAUCCUCUAUGAGGAAGUGAAGCCUAAUCUAACCGAGCGCAUACAGGACUACGACGUGUCAUUGGACAAGGCCCUAGAUGAGCUCAUGGACGGAGACAUCAUCGUCUUCCAGAAAGACGACCCAGAGAACGACAGCAGUGAGCUGCCCACAGCCAAGGACUACUUCCGGGACCUCUACCACCGAGUGGACGUUAUCUUCUGUGACAAGACCAUCCACAACGACCCCGGCUUUGUCGUCACACUCUCCAACAGGAUGAACUACUUCCAGGUGGCGAAGACGGUGGCUCAGAGGUUGAACACAGAUCCCAUGCUCCUCCAGUUCUUCAAGUCCCAGGGGUACAGAGACGGACCUGGGAAUCCUCUCAGACACAACUAUGAAGGAACACUCCGAGAUUUGCUGCAGUUCUUCAAACCACGUCAACCCAAGAAACUCUACUACCAACAGUUGAAGAUGAAGAUCACAGACUUUGAAAACAGGAGGAGCUUUAAGUCCACAUGGCUCAACAGCCAAAACAGAGAAGAGGAGAUCACUCUCUACCCAGAUAAACACGGCUGUGUCAGGGACCUGCUGGAGGAAUGUAAAAAAGCUGUGGAGCUCUCCGACAAAGGCUCAGAGAAGCUCCGACUGUUGGAGAUAGUAAGCUAUAAGAUCAUCGGGGUUCACCAGGAGGACGAGCUGUUAGAAUGUUUAUCUCCCGCCGCCAGCCGUACCUUCAGAAUAGAGGAACUUCCUCUGGACCAGGUAGACCUGGAUAAGGACACUGAGAUGUUGAUUCCCGUCGCACAUUUCCACAAGGAGGUCUUUGGAACGUUUGGAAUCCCUUUCCUGUUGAAGAUCAGACAGGGUGAGCCGUUCAGAGAUGUGAUGAGGAGGAUUCAGAGCAUGCUGGAAAUACAGGAGAAAGAGUUUGAAAAGUUCAAGUUUGCGAUAGUGAUGAUGGGCCGGCAUCAGCACAUCACUGAGGAUGAGUACGAGGUCAACCUGAAAGACUUCCAGCCACAGCCAG